UUGCGUACGCUGCGGAUGUGCUGGAGCUUCAUCAGAGCGAGGACCUUUCAGGGCGCACGCAGCUGUGGGAUCGAGUCCGAGCCGGUGCGUGAAUCGUGUUUGGUGAACGUGAACAAAAGCUUAAUCCUCAGGCUGGAGAACAGCCUGCAGAGCGGAGGUGAAGAUGAGGUCCAGGGGGCCUCCUGACGGGGGGUACGGUUGGGUGGUGGUCAUGUCGGCCUUUGUCAUCAUGGGCCUCACCACAGCCGUCCUCAAGAACUUCGGCCUCUUCUUCCUGGACAUCCAGAGUCACUUUGGAGUCCUGACCAGCACCACCUCAUGGGUCACGGCCACUACCAUCGCCAUGUUUCACCUAGGAGCUCCAGUGGCCAGUGCGUUGACCUUAAAGUUGUCUCAGAGAGUGGUCAUCAUAGUCGGGGGUCUGCUUUCUGCCUCUGGCAUGUUGCUGGCGUCCCUGGACCUCAGUCUGCCCUGGCUCUACCUUACCAUGGGCGUCCUGCAAGGAACAGGAAUUUGCUUCACAUGGGUCCCUGCCACCAGCAUGGUGAGCCACUACUUUGACCGAUGGCGUCCCAUCGCCUACGCCAUCGCCAGCUGCGGGGAGUGCGUCUUCGCCGUCUUGUUCAGCCCCUUCUUCCACUGGCUGAUCGAGAUGUACGGCUGGCAGGGUGCCUUGCUCAUCAUUGGAGGCCUCCAGCUCAACCUGUGUGCCUGCGGGGCUCUCAUGAGACCCCUGGAUGAGGUCCAGAGCCCGAUACAGGACUCCAAAGAAAAUCUAGAAGAUGAUGCCACUGUGGUCCAUCCAAAGAGGAAGGUUAUCUUCCAGUUCUCCCUGUUGAGAAAACCUGAUCUGGUCCUCUACAUCCUGUUUGCCAUCUUUGCGGCGGCAGGAUUUUUCAUCCCGCCACUCUUCCUAGUGCCCUUCGCCAACAGUUUGGGGAUGGACAACUACUGGCCGGCCUUCAUCCUCUCUACGCUGGCAUUAGCAGACCUGGCAGGGAGGAUGCUCUGCGGGUGGUUGGCCAACAUGAGGCUGGUGAGGAACCUGCAGCUGCUCACCAUGGUGGUCACUCUGCUCGGGGUGGUGCUCCUGCUGCUGCCCAUCAGCCACAACUACUGGGCCAUCCUGGUCUUUGCCUCGCUCUACGGCUUCCUGUUCGGCUGCGUGGUGGCCAUUCACGUCACUACUAUAGUGGACAUUGUAACCCUGGAGGGAUUCGACAGCGGACUGGGGCUCUUUAUGCUCUUCAGGAGCAUCGGUGGCUUCAUCGGUCCACCUGCUGCAGGCUGGCUGGUGGACCAAAGAAACGACUACAGCGCUGCCUUCUACCUCUCGGGUGUCUGCCUAAUUUCUUCAGCAGUGUUUGUCGCCCUGGUCGACCGCCUAAUUCAGAGGAGAAAAACAGUGGAAUCUAAAGUUCAUCAAGCGAUUAGCCAGGACGACUCGGAAGCAGGAAAAGUCAAGUGAGACUUUUGUAUUAGGAUUUUAACAGGAUUAUAAACCUGGUGUGCCAGAAAAGUGUUCAGUGUUUGAUCACAUGCCAAAUGGUGGGUGGUUUAACCUGGUUUGACUUGUGAGGGAGGUUUCGUUCAUUAACCCAUCAGUUGCUGUCAAUCAACAAAUCAUUAGCCUUGUCCCUUCCCUUCAUAUAUAUAUUCCAUCAUAAAUCCUGAAUACAGCCAUAAAACCAGCGACAUUAUUUUCUAAGAAAUAAGUGCAAUAUUUCCUUAUCUGAAGCCAAUGAGAGAUUUUGAGAGGAUGACAAAUCCCGCUGUCCCUCAAAGGAUGCAGACGGGUUUCUUUUACCUUUUGAGUAUUUUUUUAAUUCUGUAUUUAUAUCUCCAGAAGGUAGUAAAAAGGUGUUAACCAAAGAAACACUCUGGUGUGGAAUGAUUUUAAAAAUACAUUUUCUUUUUUUCUGGGGACAUUUUUCAAAUGCCUCUUGCUCAACUCAUUUGCUGUCAAAUUCUGUAAACAGAUUUUUUUAUAAUCAUAGUUUGUGUUAGGUUUAAAAUGGGUCUGUUUUACUGUUGUGUGUUACCUCAGAGAAAAGUGAGCCUGUAGUUUCUGCACGCUCAUCUCAGCCAUUACAACCACAAUACUUUGAAAGGUAUAUUAAAGAAUAUGUUUUUCAGAAAGACACUUCAAGCUCAAACAGAAAUAGAUCCUGUAAGUUUCUAAAGCUGGCAAUUAUAGUUCUUCGUACAAAAAAAAUCAUUAUCAUAACAAUUCAAGUUGCAGUUACAAGCUGUUGACAUUCUGCCAGGAUCCAAGUGUACCUUUUUGCCCUUGAGAGCCUCAGUGUCGGAACAAACAUACUGAUGGGCAACCAAACCCCAGAGGCGUACUCUUAAAUAAUGAAGCUGAACUGCUUACUCUCAAUACUGUCACACCCAAGUACUCAGGCUAUUACUGUAAAGCAAAAAGGAGAAGUAGUCCGUUUGCUGGGGACUAUUUCAGAAACUGAUCUGAUGUGCUUGUGAGUCUUUACAGCAGCAGAACAGUGUUUAUUGGAUAGAAUAUACAUUUUAAAUGAACCCAGUACAGCAGCUUGGACUCGUUUUUGGAUAACCAUGAAGUGUUAUGGCACAGAAAAAAUGAGAUAUAUCAGUUAACACUUGAUAUAUAUUUGUUGGCAAUAAAAAACCUGUAGAAUAUCAACAGACAGAUCCUGUAACUUGCCAGAGUGGGGAGCCAAUGAAACUCCAGCUGUAAAUAACUCUGGGGUGGUAACUCAAGUGUUGGCUUUCCAUGUUACUGGUGUGUUUGACUCUGACUCUGCUCUUAAAGGGUGUAUUUUAACACAGGUCAUGGUGUAGGUUUUAUGACUUUAAUGUACAUAUAUCUUGUCCAAAGAAAUAAUUUCUUACUAUGGAAUAGACACUUUAGAUGAAGUCUUAAAAGCAUAUAAAGAUUUGGUAAAUUUUAAACAGUGUAAAAGGUGGAAUUUCUUAAUGAUUUUUAAAAGAUAACUUGAAAGACCAGCUAACUUUUGUUCUUCCUUGAGUACUGUAAUACUAGUUCUCAUACGCACAGUUCGAUGUAGCAUUAUCCUACUUGAAAAACAAACUUUUUAAAGCCAUUUCAUUUAGGAAAUAGUUUUAACAGAUUCUAUCCAAGUAUAAUACAUUGCUUCAACUUACUUCUGUACUUCUUUGAUGUUUUGAGUGACUUGAUCUUUUUAAGAUUUGAAGCUUUGUCUCAAUAUAUGGGAUUUUGUUAACAUCACCUGUUCUUGCUUGUUUAAAAAUGCAGCAUUUUAAGUAAUAAAUCACUGCACUGAUGGUUUUAAA